AUGACAACUGUGCAACAGUGGAAAGAAGAAACUCUGUCAAAUUUAUUAAGGGGCUAUAAUCCAAGUGACAUAUUUAAUGCGGAUGAAACGGGAUUGUUUUUCAACCUAUUGCCGAACAAGACAUUGACAAUUAAAGGUGAAAAUUGUCAUGGAGGAAAGCUUUCAAAAAUGCGCUUUACUGUUUUGCUCUGUGCAAAUGCCGAUGGAAGCCAAAAUUUAACGCCUCGUGUGAUCGCUUGGGACAGUGUCGACAGAAAGUGCAUUAUCAAUGGAUUCAAUAAAGCGGGAUUUUCAAUAUCGGAGGAGGAGGGCGCUGUUACUUUGGAGGAAGAAGAGGAAGGUAACGUGUCUGAAGUUGAGGAUCUUCCGGAAGUCGAUGAUGCAUACAUCGACUGUGACACAGAUAUCAUUACUUCAGAAAUCCCUUCCAUAAGUGAUUUAAUGCCUGAUUCCGACGAUAGUGCUGAUGACGAUGAAAUAACAGAAGACGUGCCAACAGCUGAUCAAGCGAUACAAAGCAUAAAAACUCUAAAACAAUUUUUACUUGUAAAUGUAAAUCAAGAAGCAAAUUUGCAAAAAAAUUUUAGUAUUGAACGAGUUGUAUACGAAAUUGUAGCUAAAAGCGAAAAGCAAGUAAAGAUUACUCAUUUUUCCAAUAAUUUGACUGUUAAAUUUUAUGAAGGGAAUUUAAAUAUUAACCUAAAAGCUCAAGCCAUUGAAAGCCUUGUUGUAACAACACAGGCCAGUCAACAACCUUUGCCAUCAGGUAUUACUCAAAAUCCUUUCACACAAACUGAACUUUUAUAUAGUAUCAUCUGUUAUUAA